AUGUUUGGCUUCAUGAAGAAUGCUCAUGACUAUGGCGGCUACAUCCACUCCUUGGACCUGUUGAUCCCGUUCAUCGCCGUUGCCUGCGCUUCACCAGCGUACUUACGACCAAUUGUACUUAUCAGCGGCGCAUUGAUACCACAUGUAUUCAAGGCUCUAAAAGCUCUGAAACACAUCGAAGAGGCAUCCGAAGCAUGCGUCACGGAGCGGAAACGGCGCAUCGAGCGCGGCAAAGCCGAUGACUGCGAAGAUAUGCUACAAAGCUUCUUCAACAUCAUGCACCAAAAGGGUACCGACAAGGAUUUUGGCAUGACUGAGAUAAAGGCUGAAGUUUAUGGAGCUUUCAUUGCCGGCUCCGAUACCACCGCAGCAGCCAUCACCGCUAUUCUCUACUAUCUGAUGCGCACCCCGUCCGCUUACGCCAAGCUCACUGCCGAGAUAGACGAAGCUGCGCAAGCCGGACUACUCAGCCCGAUUAUCCAGUACCAUGAGGCAGUGGGACUACGAUACCUGAUGGCUUGUUGUAAGGAGGGUAUGCGACUUCACCCAAGCGUGGGUAUGACACUGCCACGUCACGUGCCCAAAAGUGGAUGCGUGAUCGCUGGCGAAUGGUUUCCUCCCGGCACUCGAGUCGGCAUGAACGCCGCGGUGGUACAACGCGAUAAGAGCAUCUUCGGCGAUGAUGCGGAUGAGUUUGUACCUGAACGAUGGCUUGGUUCAGAUGCUGCAAGAAUAGAGAGGUAUAUGUUGCAGUUUGGUGGUGGAUCGCGAACAUGUAUUGGAAAGAACAUUUCGCUGUGCGAGAUGUACAAGGUGAUACCUCAACUCCUACGCGAGUUUUGUCUUGAACUUUCGGAGCCGGAGAAGGAGUGGGAAACGCACAAUUAUUGGUUUAACAAGCCAACCAAGGUGUAUACUACUGUUCAGCGCAGGAAGCCAGAGCGGAAGCUUAUCAGCCCGAACUGA